AUGGCGCCAAGAGUAUAUGAUGAAGAAGUGGAAGAGCCUAUUCCCAAAGCUGAUGUUGGAGACAAAACAGAGCAGGAAAAGACCCGUGAGCAGAAGGAAGCUGAUCUGAUUCCUAAAAUCCAAGAAGCAGUGAACUAUGGGUUGCAAGUUCUGGACAGUGCUUUUGAGCAGCUGGAUAUCAAAGCAGGCAACUCUGACUCUGAAGAAGAAGAAAGUAACGGAAGGCUGGAACUGAUACUUGAGCCCAAGGAUCUCUAUAUUGACAGGCCUUUACCUUACUUAAUUGGCUCUCAGCAGUUCAUGGAACAAGAUGAUGUUGGCUUGGGAGAUCUCUCUAGCGAAGAAGGGUCAGUAGACAGUGAUCGUGGAAGUGUAAUUGACAGUGAAGAGAAGGAUGAAGAGGAAUCAGAUGAUGAAUUUGGAAACCCUAGUGAAGAUGAUGCAAAGACGAGGACGGCACUGAUGAGUGAUGAAGAUGAUGAUGAUGGCUGUGACCUUUUUGACUCUGAAAAAGAGGAAGAUGAGGAUGGAGAGUUAGAUGAAACCACAAAGCCUAAAAAGAAAAGACCAACGUCCUUUGCAGAUGAACUGGCAGCCCGAAUCAAAGGAGAGGUACCAGUCAAACAGGAUGAAGAGCGAAAAAAAGUUAGCUCUUCCAUUUCAGUAUCCCUGUCAUCAGAGACCAAAGUGAGGAAAAAUCUGAAAGAGAAGAAAGAAGUUAGAGUUCCAUCUGAUGAUGAUGAAGAUGACAUAUUCAAGCCCCCCAAGCUGACUGAUGAAGACUUCACACCUUUUGGUUCCAGAGGUGGCCUCUUCAGUGGUGGGAAAGGCCUCUUCGAUGAUGAUGAGGAGAGUGAUCUUUUUGCUGAAGCGCCAAAAAGAGAAGACUUAAAAGAGCAAGAGGAGCGAGUUCCAAUAAGUGAAGCGUCCUCCACAAAGUCCUUAAAGAAAGUUCCUGCAGGUGCAGUGUCUCUGUUCCCAGGUGGGAGUGAUGUGUUUAAUUCCUCCGUAACUGUGGAAAAAGACAAGAAACCUGUGGCACGGAGUACAGAGAAGGCCCCCAAACAGCCUGCGAAAGUUGCUCUGUUUGAUGAUGAUGAUGAUGAUGAUGACUUCUUUGGGACAACUAGGAAGCCUCCAGAUUCAGUCAAGUCCACAUCUGAUCUAUUUGAUGAUGAUGAAGGUGACUUAUUCAAGGAAAAUCCUGUUGUUCCACCUGUGGCUGCCAGCAUAACUAAGGAACCGGAAAGCCAUAAGGAGACAGUCAUGGAAAAAAAGAGUCAACUAUCUUCAAAUGAGGACUUCAAGCCUUUAGCUGAAACAACUCCCCCAAAACAGAGGGGCCUCUUCUCUGAUGAAGAAGAUUCUGAAGAUUUAUUUUCAUCAGCUAAAACUGUGAAAUCCAAAGCAACAUCUCUGCCCAGCAACAAGUCCACAGCAAAAGCUUCACUCUCGUUGUUUGAUGAUGAUGAAGAGGAUCUCUUUGGUGUGGUGACUGCCAAGAAGCAACAGGCAAAACCUCUGGAAGAGAAAGCAAAACAGUCGGAACCACUCAAGAAAGCCUCCAGCUUAUUGUUCAGCAGUGAUGAGGAGGACCACUGGAAUGUCUCCAAACCAGCUUUGCUUCCUUCUGAUGAUGACCGAAAAGAGGAACCUGCAAAACCAGCCAGCACCAUCAGUCAGGCUAAAGCUGUGAAGAAGACAAGCCUUUUUGAGGAAGAUGAUGAUGAGGAUUUAUUCGCAAUCACUAAAGAGAGCCAAAGAAAGCCACAGAAAGUGUCACUGCUGUUUGAAGAUGAUGCUGUUAGUGGAGAAUCACUCUUCAGCUCCCAGUCAGCGCUACCUGCUUCAGCUGCUAAAACUGCAGUGGAGAAAGUAAAACCAGCAAAAGCACCACCUUUGUUUAAUGAAGAAGAAAAGGAGGAAAAGGAAGAUGUGCCAGACACAGCAAAGUCUAAACAGGCAGAAGAUACGCUGUGGUGUUUAGAUGAGCCUGGAGCAGCUCCUGUAUCUGGAGGAGCAAAUGUUGCAGGGCACCAGACAGAUGAAAAAACUCGUGCAGCGACGUCUUUUGAACAAGUCUAUAAUUCAGAUCCGUUUGCCAUGUCGUCACCAGCUCUGGAGAAAGAUGUUAAGACCCAGGCUAAGAAGGCUUUAAGCUUGUUUGAGGAGGAGGAAGAAGAAAAAAUGGAAGAUGAUGAUGGCAUUAAAAAUGCACAGAAAGAAAUUGGUGAGCAUUUUAAGAAAGGCAGCCGUCCCAAAAGCACUGGAGUUUUUCAAGAUGAAGAGCUUCUUUUCAGUCACAAGCUUCAGAAGGACAAUGAUCCAGAUGUUGACCUCUUUGCCAGCCCCAAGAAAUCCAGGUCUGCAAACCAUAUCAUGAAGCCAUCAUCUGGAGGAGGACUCUUUGGGGAUGAUGAUGAGGAUGAUCUCUUCAGCACUGCUAAAACAAAGCCUCUGAAAAUUCCAGAGAAGAAAACAGUUACUAAGGCCAGUACUAGCCCUUCCUUGGAAAGCAGUAACCUUCUGGAAGAUGCUUCAAGUGCCAAACAAGUUGAAGCUCCAAAGGCAGAAACCACAGAGGUAAGCACCUAAAUCUUGUGCCUUGAACAGCAC